GCCGGGAAGCGCCCGACACGCAGAGCAGUGGGGCAAAAUGGUGACUCUGAGCGACUUCCAGAGGAUCGGUGUGGGGCUGGUCGGCUUCGGCAUCUUCUUCAUCCUCUUUGGGAUGCUCCUAUACUUUGACUCGGUGCUCCUGGCCUUUGGGAAUAUCCUCUUUCUCUCCGGUUUGGUCUUCAUCAUUGGCUUCAGGAGGACCUUCACCUUCUUCUUCCAAAGGCAGAAGAUGAAGGGCAGCAGUUUCUUCCUUGGGGGGGUCCUCAUCGUCCUCAUGCGGUGGCCGCUCCUGGGCAUGCUGCUGGAGGCUUACGGCUUCAUCACGCUCUUCAGGAGUUUUUUCCCCGUGGCUUUCGGCUUUUUGGGCUCACUGGUGAAUAUCCCCAUUCUGAAGAAGCUCUUGGAGAAACUGGGUGACAGCAGCUCCAUAGUGUGACCAUGGGAUGGAUAAUGUCACAGGUGGGACAGCACCAGUGGUCCCUCAGUCCUGCUGGGGGUUGGAGAUGGCUGUGCUGCAGGGAUGGUGCCUCGCAGGCUGCGCCAGGCAGGCUUUGUAAUUAUUAUUAUUAUUAUUAUUAUUGGUGUUGUUGUUGUUGUCUUUCCCUCACGAGAGCUGGAUUUAAUUUAAAAUGUGUGUCUGAGACCGUA